GUGAGAACAAAGCAGCUGCACCCCAGCAGCACAGCUUGGGGAUUAUCCAUGUCUGUAUGGAGCUCUACUUCAAUAAGUGUACCUGCCGCCUAAGAUUUCACAGUAUAAAAUCACUUCAUUGAGCCAGUGCUUCGUGACAGUUCAAGAGGCUAAGAAGAAAACCUGGAGAUGAGACCUGAAGAAAGAUGGAGCCAGGCUGCCCCUGUGGCCUGUGAAGAAGCAGACUCGGUUUCAGGAAGGCCCACCACCGAUGUAGACGAAGAAGAUGGCAGUCCCCAAAUCUGCCGUGUCUGUGGGGACAAGGCCAAUGGCUACCACUUCAACGUCUUGACAUGUGAAGGUUGCAAGGGAUUCUUUAGGAGGGCCAUGAAACGCAACGUGCGCCUGAGGUGCCCGUUCCGCAAGGGCACCUGCGAGAUCACGCGCAAGACGCGGCGGCAGUGUCAGGCCUGUCGCCUGCGGAAGUGCCUGGAGAGCGGCAUGAAGAAGGAGAUGAUCAUGUCGGACGCUGCGGUGGAGCAGAGACGCGCCCUGAUCAAGAAGAAGAAGAAGGAACGUCUGGAGGCGCAGCCCCCCGGGGUGCAGGGCCUGACCCCCGAGCAGCGCAUGUUGAUCGCGGAGUUGAUGGACGCUCAGACGAAAACCUUCGACACCACCUUCUCCCACUUCAAGGAUUUCCGGCUACCAAAGGUGUUCAACAGUGAGUGUGAGACCCCAGAGCUCCUGCAGAGUCCACUGGGAGAGCCGUCUCUCAACUGGAGUGAGUUCAGGAAAGAGCUCUGUCCCAUGAAGAUUUCUCUGCAGCUGCGGGGGGAAGAUGGCAGUGUCUGGAACUACAACCCCCCGGCCUACAGGGAUGGCAAGGAGAUCAUCCCCAUGCUGCCCCACCUGGCUGACAUGUCAACCUACAUGUUCAAGGGUGUCAUCAACUUCGCCAAAGUCAUCUCGUACUUCAGGGACUUGCCUAUCGAGGACCAGAUCUCCCUGUUGAAGGGGGCCACCUUUGAAAUGUGCGUACUGAGGUUCAACACGUUGUUCAACACAGAGACGGGGACCUGGGAGUGUGGCCGGCUGGUCUACUGUUUUGAAGACCCUGAAGGUGGCUUCCAGAAACUUCUAGUGGAUCCUGCGAUAAAAUUCCACUACAUGCUGAAGAAGCUGCAGCUGCAUAAGGAGGAGUAUGUGCUGAUGCAAGCCAUCUCCCUCUUCUCCCCAGAUCGCCCUGGUGUAGUAGAGCGCAGGGCAGUGGACCAGCUACAGGAGAGAUUUGCCCUCACCCUGAAGGCCUACAUUGAGUGCAGUCGGCCACAGCCUGCCCACCGGUUCCUGUUCAUGAAGAUCAUGGCUGUACUCACAGAGCUACGGAGCCUCAAUGCUCAGCACACCCAGCAACUGCUGCGAAUCCAAGAUACCAACCACUUCUUCACCACCCCACUCAUUCAGGAGCUGAUCAGCAACACAGAUGACUGAGCAGCUGUCUCUGAGUGAGGCUUCUGUGGGACAGGCAGACCCGGAGCCCUCCGCCCGAGCUGCCACUUCCAGGGCUACACAGAUGGACACCGUGAUAGCUCACACUGCCUUGUGACCCCAGCUGGCAGGCAUUUCUCCAGAAGGGGACUCAGUUCAGC